CGAAGACGAAGAAGGAUAACGGUUUCAGGCGGAUAGAGAAUUCCAAGCGAGCGGAGAAAGCCAAAUCUUUCCUUAUUUCACAUCAACAUGACCGGGGUGUGCACAGGUCAUACGACGCCAGCAGGUUCGGAUCCUCUCGCCACAAGCAAGUGACGACUGGUGUCACGACAGCCUGAAAGAGAAGACAGAAGUGCUCAUUCCUUAGGCGGGUACGGGUCAGAGGGCUGAGGGAAGGUCCAGGACAGAAGGAACCUGAAGGAAACAACAGGAUAGGUGCCAGUGUCCUGAAUGAGGGAAGCAUGACGAAUUCAGAAGACAUGCAACAGCUGAAAAAAGAAGAGAUGGACGGAUGGACAGUCCUGAUUGCCCGUUUGGACUAAGGCUGGCGACGUCAACCACAGACCACAGAUCCUUAGCGACAAGAGCGAUUACCGGAGUCAAUCAGCCUAGGGAAAAUACAAAUCAAGGUCAUCUAGACUCGCCCAGCAAUACUCGAGGUGUUGGCGCCAGAUGGGAGCACGGCGAGGUGGGCGAGGUACUUCCCGGGGGAUCUUCUGAAUUUGUAUUGUUUGUUUCUUCGUCUUUCGAUAGUCUGCCUACUCGUGGAGGGAUAUCCUUGCCAGAGGAGUUGAUGAGCAUUGGGGCUGGCAGGUGUCGUGUUAAAGCUGUACAGCUUUUCAUGUCAACAAGGCGAACAAGGUACCUGUGGGAGAUGCACUGGAGACGCCAACAAUAAUGACGCCCGG